CCUCCUCCUCCGCCUGGGUGUGCGCAAAGAGGGGCCGCCGCCGAGAUGUCUGGGGAUCCCGCAGCAGGCGCUGCCUCGGGCAGCAACCGACGUCUUCAGCAGACGCAGAACCAAGUUGAUGAAGUGGUGGAUAUCAUGAGGGUCAACGUGGACAAGGUUUUGGAGAGGGAUCAGAAGCUGUCUGAGCUGGACGAUCGUGCUGACGCCUUGCAAGCGGGAGCCGCUCAGUUUGAGACGAACGCGGCCAAACUCAAAAGAAAAUACUGGUGGAAGAACUGCAAGAUGUGGGCCAUACUGGUCACAGUGGUGGUGGUGAUCCUCAUAAUUAUCAUUGUGUGUGUAUAACUCUUUAUGUAGUUUGAGCGAUAAGACUGCAAGCUGCAGGAGAAAACCUCACGCCUCGUUUCUCGGAUAAAUCGAUAUUAUUCCUCUCCUGGUUAGACCGUUGGGGAGUGGGAUUGGUUUAUGUUUCUGCUUUUCCUACAAUUAAUAAUUAUUAUUUUUAUCCACAAUUGUGACAUAGAGAACCACGGUGCCUUCAUUAAAUCACAGCAAUUAAUUGAGGGGGGGCAGGCCACAGCGAGCAAACACUAUAGUCUUUUUAAGCUGAUUUUUAAGUCUCUUGCAAAGAGUUGCACACUUGGUGGAGUUAAAAUAAACACCGUAAACCUGGAGGCCUUUUGGGUGCAAACCUAGUUGAAUGUCGGUUGUUACAACUUAGUGCCUUGUUUGGACCUGAAUCAAACUGCCUGUUCCACAGAUGCAAUGAAUGGUGGUUGCACAAUUGCAAGCAAAAAAAUAAAAAUAAAAAGCACAAGGGCUUUUCAGGAGAAUUCUGACUUUUUGCAACAGUUGUUCUGCAUCGGCAAUCUAGUAAUUCUGUUUUUUAGGCGCCCACUUUCCAAUGAGGCUUAUUUCUUUUAUUGAUCAAGUCUCUUUGUGGCUCUUCCACUUCUUAUAUUUGUCUCCGUUUAGCACCCCAAAUAGGCACAAACACCAACAUUUAAUCCCGUGAAGUAUUCAAGCUGUCUCAUCGGAUUAUUUUUCGACUUGCCUAGGAAAACCUGCUUAUAUUCCUGAUUUAUUCUUAUUUUUCGAAUACUUUUGUAUAGGUUAAAAAAAAAAAAGCCGCGAUUUUGAAACACUGAAAACCAGCUUUUCCUGCCUAGGAAAAUGUACUUAUUAUUGUAGUAAUUCUUCUUACCAAUUCCUCACUCAGCCAAACUUGAAUGAAUGUGUUUUUCUACUACUAACAUGGAAUCUUCGUUAUCUGCCAGGCAGAAAAGUUUUCAACCAUCCGGCGGAUCGAGCAGCUGAACUUUUAUUGUAGCUAUAUAAUAAAAGAGCGAUUGUCAAUCUG